AUGACGACGGCUCUGAGGCUUCUGAUGAGAUCUUUCACCACUCAGACGCAGGCAACUCGCGGAGGAAGAUUGCCUGUGUCUCGCCGCAAUUUCUCUUCAUCCCAGGUUAUUGAAGAGACGAACGAAGAAUGGCAUAGAAAACGAGAGAAAGCUCUUCAUAACUUCUGGAGUGUAGUCAUUACACUGUGUGGGGGACUUGUAAUAGGUUUGUCCAAGGCUGAACUUAACGAGUGGAAGGAAAAGGGAUCUAAACAACCCACUGCUGAAUCUGUGAGGGAGUCGUUGGAAUUUCUUGAGAGUGGUGAAAAAGAUACCUCAGAGUCAGAGGCCUUGCUCAUGAUCAAGUCCAAGCUUGGUAUGGAAGACAACACAGACGGGUUGAAAGACGAUGUGGCAUACCUCAAACGUGCCAUGGAAGUGCUUUUACUAAUCAACAGAGUUGAUCCGGUCACACUUCAACCACCACUUACACGUACUGAAGAUGUGUCCUCUGCUCCAAGUCCUCACUCAUGA